CAUUGAGAUCCAAGAUGUUGCAAAUGGAGUUCCACCCUUCUUGGUCAACUUACAACCCAUUAGACUCAUCCCUUGAAGUAGGAUUUUGUUUUGCAGAAAUGGAUGCCCAAGUGAGCAAUUUUGAGUUUUCCACUUCAUCAGUAUCCAUUGAAGAUUUCUAUGACAUUUCUUCUUCUAUGCUGUUAUCUUCAACUCUAUAUGGCAGUGAAACCUAUAGUUGUCCCUUUUUGGCCAAUAAUUUGCCAGUCAUCUUACGAGGGGAACAGUGUUUAUCAAGAGUUGAUGAGGAUGAUACUUCUUCCAAUGACCAGUUUAUGCUUGAUGGUGUUGAAAACUUCUCUGAAUGGAUGGCUAGUGACAGCAGCAUCUCUUCACAAAAAAAUUUCACUGAAGAUAUCAGCAGCCAAAAUCUCUCAGCAAUAGCAGGUGAAGUUUCUUUGGAUGUCCGAUUAGUCCAAGCAUCCUCGGUUUUGCCUGCCGCAUAUAUGGAAGUAGAAGACCAAUUGAUCAUUCAUCGUCUACUGAAAGCUUGUGGGGUUGCCUUGGGGAGCGAACAGAUGGAGCUAGCAGAAGAAAUUCUUAGGCGACUAAAAGAGAAGGCCUCUCCAACUGGCAAAAGCCUUGAACGCUUUGCAUUUUAUUUGACCCUAGCAUUAGACAAGCAAGCUAACUACCUAAUGCAGGAAUCAAGCAAAAAUUAUGAGGCAGCCUUCAAGGCCUUUUAUCAGAUCUUCCCAUAUGGUAGGUUUGCUCAUUUCACUGCAAAUUCAGCCAUACUAGAAGCCAUCCCUGCUAAUGUUAUGGCAGUACAUAUUGUGGAUUUUGAAAUUGGCAAAGGCAUACAAUGGCCUCCUUUGAUUAAGGCACUUGGAAGGCAAGGGUUAAGAACGUUGCGAGUGACCUCAAUAAAAUGGGGGAAAGAAGAUGGCAGUUGCAGUCCUACAACUUUUGAGGAGACAAAGAAGCAGCUAUGUGGACAUGCAAUGAAUUUUGGUCUGAGACUGAAGGUGGAGGAGAUGGACAUUGAAGGCUUAGUGAACGAGAUUAAAAAGGCUAGGGAAAGGCCACGAAACAGCGAGUGGUUAGCCUUUAAUUGCAUGGUAGGGCUCCCUCACAUGGGAAGAGGGAGGAGUUUGAAGCAUUUUGAGGAUUUUCUUACAACAGCAAAGGCAUUGAUCAGGAGCCCUGGUGAAACUGAUGGGAGUAAUAGAGUUGUCAUUAUUUUGGGUAGUGGCAAUGGUGUUGAAAAAUGGAUGGACUCUAGAAGUUUCAAUUCUUUCUUUGAAGCGCAGAUGGUCUACUUCCAAGCCUUGCUUGACUCAAUGGAGCAAUGUCAGCUUCUAGAUGCAAGAAUAGCUAUGGAAUGCUUGUUUGUGGUACCCAAUCUUUGUUCCCUUGCAGAUGUUCAGGAGUGGGAGGAAACUACAAGGGAGUGUGAAUCCCUCAGAGAACUAGGCUUGGAGCCUCAGAGAAUGAGCUGGGAAAACUAUCUGGAGGCCAGGGAGCUAGUCAAAGAAUCGGAGAAUUCAUAUUGGUUAAGAAUUGACAGAGAGGAUAACAGUCAAAUGGUCUUGGGUUACAUGGGUGCUCCCCUGGUGAGAGUGUGUAGCUGGAGAUAGUGUAAGAAUCAUUCAGAAGCUAGCAACA